CAAAAAUUUGUAUAGAGAGAGGACGGGAGUUUAUACGAUUCUAAUUAAAUUGCCAAGUAACGGCAGUAAGCACAGUGAAGGGGCGAGUAUAAAAAUGAUCCACGACGAAUCUAUGUCGAUCCAACUACACAGCAUGGUAGAAGACAGCGAAGAUGAUAUUGGUGGAGGAAGUAAAAGUGGAGCAGGUAGUGGUAGUGUUAGCAAGCUUGCCCGUCUCGGUGUAGGUCCUAUGUCGAGCUCAUCGAUGGAAAUGAGGAGACCGUCACAGAUGCCGGACAUCAGGAUACCGCUAAACGCAAAAAAUAUAGCAAAAGUGGCCAAAAUCUCAAUACCGAGUAAGCAACCAAAUAAAAAAAAGAAAAAAUUCCAGGAAAAGAAGAGCGAGCGAAAAGCCGCAAAAACACUUUCGGCCAUCUUGCUGGCGUUCAUCAUCACGUGGACUCCAUACAAUAUCCUGGUGCUCAUAAAAUCCAUCACCGCCUGCACGUGGUACAUACCGCAGGAGUUAUGGGACUUUUUUUAUUACCUUUGCUACAUCAACAGUACUGUGAAUCCGAUGUGUUACGCUCUGUGCAAUGCGACUUUCCGUAGAACUUACGUGAGGAUUCUCAAGUGUAAGUGGAAUACUAGAAAUCGCGGCCCAAUCGAUAGGGGAUAUCAGUAAUCAACGGUGCGUGCCUUGAUUUUUUCGUAUCGGUUUUUCCGCGUUUUCAAUAUUCGCGUUCUACAUAGUUGAGAGUCAACGACUGCGUGCGUUUCUCACACGUAUGGACAUGUAACACAUAUAUAUUUAUACGUACCUCACAGAAACAACAUUGAAUUAUUAUUAUUAUCAU